AUGAGAGGAAAGACAAUGCAAGUGGACAAUGCAAGUGGGGAGAAAGGGAAAGAUCCAGAGGUAGAGAAGACAUCAAGCCGGGCUGAGCUCACUCAGCGCACUCCCUUCGGCUCUCUGGCUGCCGCCGCUGCACACGCAGCCAGGGCGUGUGGGGCAAAGUCAAGUCCCCGGCUGGCCCAUCCUUGCUCGCCGUGGGGAGUCCGAGAAGGGGGUUGGGGUGGCGGCGGCGGCUUCUCCCCCACUCCACCCCUUUUCCCUUUUGACAGACACGGCCAGUUGUUGCUGCGAAAAGCCGGGUCACCCGAUCUCCCUUUCGGACGAGCCCAGGGAGCCGCCGCCGCCACCGCCGCCAGCAGACAAACAAACACAGAGCUGCUGUGCAAAAAAAAAACACAAAAAACCAAAACCCGGCAGCGGGAGAGAGAGGCUGGCGGGGGAGGCGCCUGGAGGAGAGCGAGGAGCCGGGCGAGAAGCAAAGCGGGGAGUCGCGGGGUGCAGAGCGGAGACGUUUUGAGAAGUGCCAGCCUUUCUGAAGAAGAGCUGAAGGAAGCGAAAGCCAGGAGCCAGAGAAUUGCUGCUCAGCUGACAACCCCACCCAGCUCCAACUCCAAAGGGGUCCUUCUGUUUCACCGGCGCAAGCAGCGGGUGAAUGCUUUUACCUUAGAAGCCCCCAAGACAACAAGCGCGAAGCAAGCAGGGGCCGAACGCAUCCCCAGAGCUACUCAUAAGCACCAAAGCAGCCCAAGAUAUGGGGAAAGAGUCUCAUUUGAAGCAGGCCUCAAUAGACAUCGGAGCAUCGGAAGGAUUAUCCUGCGCCAAGAACUCUGAGUUGCGGGGGCAAAAAGGCAGCAUGGAAAAAUACGAAAAAAGCCUGGCUCUGGAGCAGACUCUAGAUAACACACAGGGCUCUCAAAGGCAUAAAAUAAGAAGUGAGGAGGCCAUUUCCACAAUCCACACCACGUUGUCCUCUGAGGAAAUCCCCGGCUGAAGACUUUGAGCAAAUCCCUCUCAGCGUGUACCUGAAGGAAACUACGGGGACAGCCUCCACCAAUGGAAUGCAUGAACUUAUCGCCAACGAGUUUGAAAAGGCACUAGUUACUGAGCAAGUGCCAGUUGUUGACAAUAUGGAAAAAAAUACUGCCUGUUUUUGAUGCUGUCCGCUGACAGGGAGAAUAACAGCACCAUCUUGAACAGGUGCCAUGCAUACUGCAUGCAGACAGGGAAAACAUGUUCUCGAUAAAGAACCAUAAUUUGCCAAAUAUUGACAGCAAGAAUAACAACAACAACAUCCCUGACAAGGCACCUUAUGCACCUGUUGUUGAUCAGGAAAACAUAUUUUUCUUGACAAGCAAUGAGUGAACCAGUGAUUGACAGGAAGGAGAACGGAGAGAUUCUCAGCAAGGAGCCGGAUGUACCAAUCAUUGAGGACAGGAUGGUUUGCCUGCUGCUGAGGAAGAGAAACCCAUGCUAGCUACCGACACGCAGCCCAGCGAGACCGUGACACACACUAAUAGC